CUCCGCCCUCCGCAGCGCUCCGGACCCAAGAUGGCCGCCGUGUCAGUUUGGGUCUUCGCCGCCGUCCAGCUCCUGGCUCCUGGGCUCCGCCUCUCGUAGGCCCCGGCAUACAGUUCUACUUAUUUGCGUGUCAAAUUGGGAUCAUAAAGGUCUGGAGUGAGAUGUGCUGAACUCUUAUCCCCUGUGUGAUAUGUUCGUUCACCAGCUGUUUGGGGGAUUUAUUGGAAAACAUGAAUCAGUCCCUAACAGGAUAUAUGUUUUUUAAAAACGUGAAGUAGGAAAUACUAAUGUUUGAAAAAGGAAGAGCAAUUUGGGGCAAAAAACGUGUAUGCUAUGGUUAACGGGUUCCCAUUCUCCGAUCACCUGUUUUCCCAUUGUGUGAAACUCCUUCAGCAUAGGGAUAAAGGAUAACGACUCUAUGGAUAUACAGAAUUUUUCACCAUGGUAAAACUCGCUAACCCGCUGUACACUGAGUGGAUUUUGGAGGCAAUUAAAAAGGUCAAGAAGCAAAAACAACGCCCUUCAGAAGAGAGGAUAUGCAAUGCCGUGUCUUCAUCCCACGGUUUGGACCGCAAAACUGUUCUGGAGCAAUUGGAACUGAGUGUUAAAGAUGGAACCAUUUUAAAAGUUUCCAAUAAAGGACUUAAUUCCUAUAAGGAUCCUGAUAACCCUGGACGAAUAGCACUUCCUAAACCACGAAACCAUGGAAAGUUGGAUGGUAAACCAAACGUGGACUGGAAUAAACUGAUUAAACGGGCCAUAGAGGGCUUGGCAGAAUCCAAUGGCUCGUCCUUGAAGAACAUUGAACGAUUCUUGAAAGGGCAGAAGGAUGUGUCAGCUUUGUUUGCAAGCAGUGCCCCUUCUAUCUUUCACCAGCAAUUGCGAUUGGCUGUCAAGCGUGCUGUUGGCCAUGGGCGACUCCUUAAAGAUGGACCUCUGUACCAACUCAAUACUAAAGCAGCCACAAAUGCAGAUGGGAAAGAGAGCUGUGAGUCUCUUUCUUGUCUUCCUCCGGUAUCGCUCCUUCCACAUGAAAAAGAUAAGCCAGUUGCUGAACCAAUCCCAAUCUGCAGUUUCUGCCUUGGUACAAAAGAACAAAACCGAGAAAAGAAACCUGAGGAGCUCAUCUCUUGUGCUGACUGUGGCAAUAGUGGUCAUCCAUCCUGCCUGAAGUUCUCCCCAGAAUUAACAGUUCGGGUGAAGGCCUUACGGUGGCAGUGCAUUGAGUGCAAAACUUGCAGUUCCUGUCGAGAUCAGGGCAAGAAUGCUGAUAAUAUGCUUUUUUGUGACUCGUGCGAUCGGGGGUUUCAUAUGGAGUGUUGUGACCCCCCUCUGACCAGGAUGCCAAAAGGCAUGUGGAUAUGUCAGAUAUGUCGACCACGUAAAAAAGGAAGGAAACUUCUACAUAAGAAAGCAGCACAGAUUAAGCGGCGUUAUGCUAACCCAAUAGGACGUCCCAAAAACCGAUUAAAGAACCAAAAUGCAAUAUCAAAAGCUCCAUUCAGCAAAGUUCAGACGGGACCUGGCCGAGGUCGCAAGCGCAAGACUCCUCUAUCCAGCCAGUCCAUGUGCUCAUCAGAAGGAGGGUAUCUGGAGCAAGUCGACGGCCUGGAAUUCUGCAGAGAUGCCGGCACCACCUUGAAGUUCAACAAGAAAACCAAAGGGCUUAUUGAUGGCCUUACCAAAUUCUUCACCCCGUCCCCUGAUGGGCGUAAAGCUCGAGGAGAAGUGGUGGACUACUCUCAGCAAUAUAGGAUCAGGAGAAAGGACAAUAGGAAAUCCAGCACUUCAGACUGGCCCACAGACAAUCAGGAUGGCUGGGAUGGAAAACAGGAAAAUGAGGAAUGGCUUCUUGGAGGCCCGGAUGUCAUGGCUGAGAAAGAUAUGGAGUUGUUCAGAGACAUUCAGGAGCAAGCCCUGCAGAAAGUAGGGGUGACCGGAGCCCCUGACCCACAAGUCCGCUGCCCUUCAGUCAUCGAGUUUGGGAAAUAUGAAAUCCACACCUGGUAUUCCUCUCCGUACCCACAGGAGUAUUCCAGGCUGCCUAAGCUGUACAUUUGUGAAUUCUGUCUCAAGUAUAUGAAAAGCAGAACUAUCCUCCAGCAGCACAUGAAGAAAUGUGGUUGGUUUCAUCCCCCAGCCAAUGAAAUUUACAGGAAGAGCAAUGUUUCAGUUUUUGAGGUGGAUGGCAACGUCAGUACCAUUUACUGCCAGAACUUGUGUCUAUUGGCAAAACUCUUCCUGGACCAUAAGACGCUCUAUUAUGAUGUGGAGCCAUUUCUUUUCUAUGUGCUGACGCAAAAUGAUGUGAAGGGCUGCCACCUUGUUGGCUACUUCUCCAAGGAGAAACACUGCCAGCAGAAGUACAACGUUUCCUGCAUAAUGAUUCUUCCCCAGUACCAGCGCAAGGGCUAUGGCAGGUUCCUCAUUGAUUUCAGUUAUCUCCUAUCAAAACGCGAAGGCCAAGCAGGAUCCCCAGAGAAGCCGUUAUCGGAUUUGGGUCGUCUUUCCUACAUGGCUUAUUGGAAAAGUGUAAUCUUGGAGUGCCUUUAUCACCAAAAUGACAAGCAGAUCAGCAUCAAGAAGCUAAGCAAACUGACGGGCAUCUGCCCUCAAGACAUCACUUCAACCCUGCACCACUUGCGAAUGCUUGAUUUCCGUAAUGAUCAAUUUGUGAUUGUUCGGCGGGAGAAACUUAUCCAAGACCAUAUGGCAAAACUGAAACUUAAUCUUCGGCUGGUAGUUGUGGAUCCAGAAUGUCUGCGCUGGACUCCUGUCAUUGUCUCAAACUCUGUGGUUUCGGAGGAUGAAGAAGAAGAACCUGAAGAAGGGGAAAAUGAAGAGCAACAGCAGCCGAAAGAGAGAGAAAUAGAGAUAAUAAAAUCUGUAUCCUGGGAGAGAAAAGAAAGAGAGUCUUGCUUUCCUCUGGAGAGCGAAAAAAAGCCAGAUGUUCUCGCUCCAGCCAACUCCGUACGGCCAAGCAAGCAAAGUCUUCCCCUGGCUGGUCUUCCUGCAAACAGCCAGACGCCGCGGAGGGGCCGAUGGGGUCGGAAGAACAAAAAGGUCCGGGAGCCCUUUGCCGAGAAGGAAUCGAAGCUGCUCUUGGAGGAGAAGUCGGCCAUGGCCAGAGGGGGCCGGUGUGGGGAGUGCCAGGAAAAGGCAGCUGCCGCUGCUGCUGCCGCUGCCGCAGCCGCCGCCUCCCGGGGGAGAUUUGGGGAAAGUGAUGAGAAAACCGCUUCCUCCCAGGGGCAGUGCGGCAAAUGUGAGGAAAAGUCCCCAGCUCCCCGGGGCCACUUUGGUAAAGACGAGGAAAAAUUGGCCGUCUCCCAAGGGCAAUACGGCAAAGGGGAGAAGACCUCAGCGACCCAGAGGCAAUACAGCGAAGGCAUGGAAGUGUGGAGAAGGCAGCUGAAGACCCUCGAGCCCCUGAAAAGCAGGAUCUCCGAGGAGUGCGAGAGGCUCCCCCGGCGACACAGCGAGAGCGACCGGGCGCUGGUGAGGCACUUCAGCGAAAGCAGCGAAGAGGACGAGGAGGAGCCCGUGAGCCCUUGCUCCAACUCCCCACCAGUUCUUACCAAGCCCACACUGAAGAGAAAGAAGCCCAUUCCCCGGAAGAGGCGGGUCCGUAAGCGUAAACAUCACAACAGCAGCGUUGUGACCGAAACCAUCUCCGAAACGACCGAGGUCCUGGUGGACGGGUCUUUUGAGGACUCUGAUUCGGAGAGGCCCAUGCCUCAAUUGGAGCCCACCUUUGAGAUGGAGGACGAGGAGGAUGAGGAAGAAAGUGAGCUGUUCUCCAGGGGAUAUCUCCGCCGCCUCUCUCCACAGGACUCCCUUAGGCACAGGCCCUCCUCAAAGAGAGGAUCUCAGGGUGGAGAGGAGUCCGAUGAUCCCACUGGCUCUCCUACCUUGAAACCAGUCUCUGUGCUGAGGAAAUGUGAAGCGAGAGAUUCUCCACACCAGCCAGACACUUCCACCCCCAUGAAGAAGAAGAAGGGUUGGCCCAAGGGCAAAAGCCGCAAGCCCAUCCACUGGAAGAAAAGGCCUGGCCGCAAGCCAGGCUUCAAGCUGAAGAGGGGGAAAGUCCUCGCGUCUGCUCCGGGAGAGGCGGCGGAUCCUGUGGAAGCCACACCGAAACCGGGGCGCAAGUCGAAAGUGCAGGAGAAGGAAGAGCUGGUUGAGCAGAAGGAAGAACUUCUGCCGAUUGCAGAGGAAAGGAAAGAGGAAGAAGAGGAGGAGGAAGAAGAAGAGGAAGAAGACGGGCCUGCAGAAGCAGGGGAUCUGGGCGAGGAAGAGGAAGAUGCACCUGCCAGCGAAGCACGAGUGGCUUCGCCCAUGGAUAGCAGCAACAGCCCAGCGGUGGAAGCUAAGGAACCUGAAAUGGAGGAAGAAGCCGAGAAGCCGCAGGUUCUAGAAGAGCAGAGGCAGUCCGAAGAAGAGCAGCAGGAGAUGGAAGAACCUGAGCGCGACCAGGAAGAAGAGGAGGAGGAAGUUGCAGCAGUAGCGAACCAGAACGAAGACCACGAUGCGGAUGAUGAGGAAGAUGACGGCCACGUGGAGUCCGCCAAGAAGGACGAACUGGAAGAGCAGGCAGCGAAGGAGGGGCUGAAGGAAGAACCGGAUGUGCAGGAGCCUUUUUUAGAAACAAGCACUCAGGACGGUAGAGAAGAAGAUGCCAAGAACAAGAGCGAGGGAGAGGCGGAUUCUGAGGAAGAGCACGCCUCCCAUGAGACGUCCGUGGGGUCGGACCCCGUUCCUGGUUCAGAAGAUGACCAAGAGGAAGAGCAGCACACUAAGGAGGGGCUCAUUGAACUAAAGGAAGAGGAGCCCAUCCCCCAUAGCGAACUGGAUCUCGAAACCGUCCAAGCCGUCCAGUCCUUGACCCAGGAGGAAGAGAACAACGAGCACGACGUGGCCUACCAGGACUGUGAGGAGACCCUGGCCGCUUGCCAGAACCUGCAGAGCUACACCCAAGCUGAAGAGGACCCCCCGAUGUCCAUGGUCGAGGACUGCCAGGCCUCGGAGCACAACAGCCCCAUCUCCUCGGUCCAGUCCCACCCCAGCCAGUCCGUGCGCUCCGUCAGCAGCCCCAGUGUGCCCAGCGCCCUGGAGAGCGGCUACACCCAGAUCAGCCCCGAGCAAGGCUCUCUCUCCGCCCCUUCUAUGCAGAACAUGGAGACCAGCCCCAUGAUGGAUGUGCCUUCCGUAUCGGACCAUUCCCAGCAAGUGGUGGACAGCGGCUUCAGUGACCUCGGCAGCAUCGAGAGCACGACGGAGAACUACGAGAACCCCAGCAGCUACGACUCCACCAUGGGGGGCAGCAUCUGCGGCAACAACUCGGCGCAGAGCAGCUGCUCCUACGGCGCGCUCUCCUCCUCCAGCAGCCUCACCCAGAACAGCUGCGUCGUCACCCAGCAGAUCGCCAGCAUGGGCAGCAGCUGCAGCAUGAUGCCCCAGGGCAGCGUCCAGCCCGCCGCCAAUUGCAAUAUCAAGUCCCCCCAGAGCUGCGUGGUCGAGAGGCCUCCGAGCAACCAGCAGCCGGCGGCCCAGCCGCCCCAGCAGGCCCAGCAAGCCCAGCAGGCCCAGCAGCCCCAGCCCCCGCCACCGGCCCAGCAGCAGCAGCAGCAGCAGCAGCAGCAGCCGCCCCUGUCUCAGUGCAGCAUGAACAACAGUUUCACUCCCGCGCCGAUGAUCAUGGAGAUCCCCGAAUCGGGCAGCGCCAGCAACAUCAGCAUCUACGAGCGGAUUCCCGGGGACUUUGGUGCCGGCGGCUACUCCCAACCGUCGGCCACCUUCAGCUUAGCCAAGUUGCAGCAGCUGACCAACACCAUCAUGGACCCCCACGCCAUGCCUUACAGCCAUUCCCCCGCUGUGACUUCCUAUGCAACCAGCGUGUCCUUGUCCAACACAGGCCUGGCGCAGUUGGCUCCGUCUCACCCGUUGGCCGGGACGCCCCAAGCCCAAGCCACCAUGACACCCCCGCCCAACCUGGCGUCCACCACCAUGAACCUCACCUCGCCCCUCCUCCAGUGUAACAUGUCCACCACCAACAUCGGCAUCCCCCACACCCAGCGGCUGCAGGGGCAGAUGCCGGUCAAAGGGCACAUUUCCAUCCGCUCCAAGUCGGCGCCCCUGCCCUCGGCCGCGGCGGCCCACCAGCAGCAGCUGUACGGCCGCAGCCCUCCGGCGGUGGCCAUGCAGGCGGGGCCCCGCGCCUUGGCUGUCCAGCGGGGCAUGAACAUGGGGGUGAACCUGAUGCCGACCGCCCCGUACAAUGUCAACUCCAUGAAUAUGAAUACCCUGAACGCCAUGAACAGCUACCGGAUGACCCAGCCCAUGAUGAACAGCAGCUACCACAGCAACCCUGCCUACAUGAACCAGACGGCCCAGUAUCCUAUGCAGAUGCAAAUGGGAAUGAUGGGGAGCCAGGCCUAUCCCCAGCAGCCUAUGCAGCCAAAUCCUCACGGGAACAUGAUGUACACGGGCCCCUCACAUCACAGCUACAUGAACGCGGCUGGGGUGCCCAAGCAGCCCCUCAACGGACCCUACAUGAGAAGAUGAGCAAGGGGGACUUGCAAUCUUAAAAACAAAAAACUAACGAACUGAAAUCUCUCUAUAAAUAAAGGAACCUUUUAUACUGACAAACCAGAGACGAUGGACCUUUUUCCAGUUAAAUAUUGCUGUAGAGCUUAGAUGGGGUUUUGUUCCCUUUUGGUUUAUUUUAUUCUAUUCUUAGGGGGCCUGGUCUUUAUUCUUUUCACGUUUGUGGGGUUCUCUUGUUUUGGGUCUUCAUUUUCCUUCACAAUCCUGAAACACGUCACAGUUCAAAUCCAUUUUUAAAAUGGGGUUUGGGUGGUUUUUGUGUGUGUUUGUGUUUUGUUUUUGUCAGGGAGGGGAUUGAAAAUGUGCACAAAACCUUUCCAUAAUUUAACAAAGAGCCUUGCUUUGCUUACCAUCCAGGCAGAGUGUGUGUAAAACAGUCAACUUCUUCUCUCAUUUUCAGACACCAUCUCCUUCCUCUUUCUCUCCCCUUGUGCACAGCUCCUAAGAUGGCCCAAUCUCUAAAGGUCAAAUCCUUUCCUUUCCUCUUUCCUGCUUCCACCCCAACAGAAGUCUCUGAUGCAGGGUCUGAGGCUCAAUCCUCUUUUGCCGUUCUCCCAGAAAUAGGGACUCUGAGCAGAUCGUCUUUUUCCCGACUCUCCCUCCCUCCUUCUUUCUCACUGGACGAACUGAAAUACGGUUUAAAUGUAACUUUUUAAAAGUGCGUCCACUGCGCUACUCCAGACAGAUACUGUAAGUCUGGCCUAGCAGCAGCGUUUGAAGAAAGAGUUGUGUGCAGCCUUAAAAGAGGGGUAGGGGGAUUGGAAAAGCAGAGCUCAGUUGCAGAUCAGCCAGAAAUCUAACAGCAGAUCCUUUGGAACACAGCUCUGCUAGUACGUGGGAAGAAAGUGCUGAGUAGUACACCUCUUCCUUGCCCCCACCCACCCCGUUGCAUCACCGGGCUCUAGCAUCUUGCACGGUACAGUCGCUGACCUGUUUUUUGAUGCGUGUGUGUCUAAAGGGGGUUAGAGUGAACAUCCACGAGACAGUUGGGACGGGACAAGUCCAUGCAGUGCAAUCCAUCCAGUUGCAAUGGAUGCCAGGCCUGUGGGCACACCAUCAACUAACUACAAGGAGGGGGAAAAGUAGCUUAUCCUUCUAAUGUAAAGUUCUCUGUAUAUUCCUGUAGAGCUACAGACGCACUUAGAUUGACUUAGAUGUGUAAAGAUUUUUUUUUUUCUUCAACGAAACCUGAAAGGCAGUUGUGGAGCGGGGAGGGGGCGUUCAACUGCACUCAAAUGGACUUCCUCCGUACUGUUGAGUAUAAAAAGGCAGGAUCCCAGGGGCUUCCAGCCCUUGUUUUCUCUUAGUUCUUGAGCAUGUGUACAAGGCUGUGUAGGACCCAUGUCCCUGUAUAUAUCUAUAAAUCCAGGCUCACCUCACCUGUGUCGAAAGGCGACCCUGGCUGCCCUCUCCUUCCCGUAUCAUCUGCGCUGGUCUUGCUUCCAGGUUGCAGGUGGACAAGGGUGCAGGGCCUGCCAGGGUGUCGAAAGCAAAGCUGUUGGCACGAGGGCCGUGAAAUUAUUAUUAUUAUUGUUGUUAUUAUUAUUAUUAUUAUUAUUAUUAUUAUUGUCUGCUGUUACCUUUUUCGGUUUUGGGUUUUUUUUGUAUGGUUUUUUUAAAAUCAAUUGGGCAGCUCCCUUUUUUCCACAAAUCUUUGUGACUGUAGAACUAUUGUAGAGAACCAAUGUUCUUUUCUAUAUUAUUAAAAAAAAAAAAUAUCAGACACAGUAAUAUUGGUACCUGUCAUUUUUUUUUCCACUUCUGUUUAAGAAAAAAAUAAUAAUGUAUUUUUAGCAAAAUAAACUUGGGUAAUCUUCUAAAAGAAAUUAAAAAAAAAACACUCACUGUUAGUGACUUUGAUGCCUUUUAAAAAAAAGAGCUUUUUCAUUUCAUUCCAUCUUUAAAAUUUUUUAUCUUUGUUGUAGAAUAUUAAAGACUAUUUUAAGAAAGAUGAAAAUUCUCUUUAAAGAGAUCUCUAGAGUGUGUGACUAGAGUUCCAGAUGCCUCUAAAGCCGCAUGUACAAAAUGAAGCCGCGUCUAUUCCUGUCUGUUUAUAUUUGCUUUUCCUGUUUUGUAACUUCUUUGUACUUUGUUCUUGGUGACUUGUAAGCUUAAAAAGGGGAAGGGGUGCCUGGAUGAUAAACCCUUUGUAAUUCUCCAUGUCAUGCGCUCCUGGGCCGGACGGCCUCCCUUCCUCUCCUUGUAUGUAAUAUCACUUUUUCCCUCCCCCCUUUCUAGCAAGUACUUUCAAAAGAACUCUGUACAUUUUAACAUAAAAAAAAUAAAUUAUGUUGAGCCAUUUUG